GUUGCACCAAAAAAAGAGAGAGAGAGACUACACCUAUUUCUCUCUCUUUCAAAAAAAUUCCAGAGAUCGUCUCGUUACUCCACAAACCAAGAUCACUCAAACCACCGAUCUAUCUCACAGGGAGUCGCAUCUCUCCAUUUGGGUUCGGCAUUCUUGCAGUGAAAAAAUGGACAUCAGCUCUCCUUACAGGGAAGGCUUACCAACGACUACGAAAGCAGAUAGGCGAUGGAGGUCAAAGCCUCUACCGACGUCGUCCAAGCCCUCCAUCCUCCUGGCCUUCUUCUCAUGCGUCGCCUGGCUCUACAUCGCCGGCCGGUUGUGGCAAGAUGCAGAGAACAGAAAUUUGCUGGCGAAUCUACUCAAGAAGAACGCGGAGCAGAGGCCCAAGGUUCUUACCGUGGAAGAUAAGCUAAUGGUUCUAGGAUGCAAGGAUUUGGAGAGGAGGAUUGUGGAAGCUGAGAUGGAAUUAACUCUAGCAAAGAGUCAGGGUUAUAUCCAAAAUAAGUUGCAGCAAAGUGGCUCUUCUUCUGGGAAAAGGCUUCUCGCUGUUAUCGGAGUUUAUACUGGAUUUGGGAGCCGGUUGAAGCGAAAUGUGUUUAGAGGGUCCUGGAUGCCAAAAGGUGAUGCUUUGAGAAAGCUUGAAGAGAGGGGAGUGGUCAUGCGUUUCGUGAUUGGUCGGAGCGCCAAUCGAGGUGAUAGCUUGGACCGCAUUAUUGAUGAGGAAAAUCAGCUGACUAAAGAUUUCCUUAUUCUUGAAGGUCAUGAGGAAGCUCAAGAGGAGUUGCCCAAGAAAGCAAAAUUUUUCUUUAGUACAGCAAUUCAAAAUUGGGAUGCAGAUUUUUAUGUGAAAGUUGAUGACAACAUUGACCUUGAUCUUGAGGGGGUAAUUGAACUUCUCGAAAGUCGCCAUGGUCAAGAUAGUGCUUACAUUGGAUGCAUGAAGUCUGGAGAAGUGAUAACGGAAGAGGGAAAGCCGUGGUAUGAACCUGAAUGGUGGAAAUUUGGAGAUGAGAAAUCUCAUCUGCAGAGAGCUGGUAGAUAAGAGAGGGACAGCAAGAUACUGAACAGGCAGAGAAUCAAGCGGAAAACCAAGAAUUUGGAAGACCGGCCUUGUGAGCAAAAGGGAGUCAAUCUAUUCCUGCAAUCUACACCCUGCUUUUGUUUUUGUUUGGUAGAAGCCCCCGAGGAUUUAGGAAAUUCAAUGGCAGGCAGUGUUCUAAAACAAGGGCUUAAUCGGCAAUUAAUUGGUGGUGGGGCCUAUCCGACUAGAUCCGACUAAUUGCUAUGUGCCAAUUAAUCGCCGAUUGCUAAUUGAUAUGCACUGACUAAUCACCGAUCAAUCUGAUUAAUCGCUUGAAGGUGGCUGACCGUCGACUAGCACUGAGCGACCUUUAGAAAAUUGAUGGCAGGUAGUUGAAUAACUCUGAAAAGAUAAUGAAUCUUGCUUGCAGAGGUGAAUGGGUCAUCUGCAAAGAAAAUGGGACUGAUACGAAUGAAGGUCCUGAUACUUGGAUGAAAGGAAAACCAGCGAUUCUUAAGGUAGUAGUGAAUACUUCAGGGAUACCAAAAGGCUGCUAAAAUAUCAAGGCAAGGUUCCAUGAUACGGUAUAAAAGGCCUUUAUUAUGUCAUUCUUCCUGGCAUGAGUGACCUUAGCCCUGGGUUAGCCUCAAACCAGCUAAUGCAUGAUCUUAUCUACUGAAGGUUCUCUGUAGUUGCUCAGUGUUUAUUAACAUAGUUACUUAUUAUUUCAGCUGACAGGAUAGGACUUGUUUAUUAAUCAAUCUUGGGUAACACUUCAGGAAGAUGAGGAUUUAAGUGUCUUACUUUGGUUGCCCUUGUGGUAUUGAUCGACCUAUCUGAAACAUUGUGAGAACUAAGAACGCUGUUUGGACCUUGUUGGUUGCACGAAUUGAUUUUGCCUUUUUGUAUACCUUACUCAAAUGCUUCUUCAAAUAGGCUUCUGCAUCUUUUUCCCCAUUUGUGUAGAUGUUGAAUGGAAAUUAGUUUUCAACCUCCCAGUUUCAGAAUAGCUAGUUUUAUUGUAAAAGUUAUUUUAAGUUGAACUUCCUUGGGAGAAUAAGAUUGUAGAUGAUUGAUUUGUUUUUCAUAU